GUUCUUGUGUCUCACAUCAUAUACCCUGACGAACAAGAAGAAAAUAGCUUGUGAGAAAAUAUCAGAAGUUCGUUUGCAUACCGAAAGAGGUUGUUAAACAAUAUGUCAGACGAUUGGGAAGAAGAAACUGGUGGUUCUAGUUUCGACAGUAAACCAUCUAGUAAUGGAUUUGAAAGUUUUGGUAGCAAAUCGUCCUCUGGAGGUUUUGGAAAAAGUAACAGGUUUGAUGAUGACUCUGGAGGAGGUUUUGGAAGUGGCCGAGGUAGAGGCAGUGGUGGUGGAUUUGGUAAUCGAAGCGAGGAAAAUGGGUUUGGUAAUGAUUCUGGAGGUGGGUUUGGUGGUGGCCGUGGUAAGCGUAGCUUUGGUGGUGGGUUUGGUGAUAGUUCAGGCCAAAAUGAGUUUGGUGAUUCAGAUAGUGGGGGUUUCAGGGGUGGAAGAGGUCGUGGCAGAGGUGGAGGAUUUGGUCGGCGUGAUGGAGACUCAGAAGAAAAUGGUUUUGAUGAUGGUGGCAGUCGUAGAGGUGGUUUUGGUGGUGGACGAGGACGUUCUAGAGGUGGUGGUUUUUCUGGAGGUGCUGAUCUGAAUGAUGGAGGUGGAGGGUUCUCAGGUGGACGACGUGAAAGACGAGGAAGUGAUAGAAAUGAUGGUGGUGAAAGCUUUGGUGAUGGUGAAGGAGGUGAAGAGAAACCUCAGCGAGUUGUUUAUAUCCCACCAGCACCUCCUGAGGAGGAGGAAGAAAUCUUUAAAACAAUACAACAAGGCAUAAACUUUGACAAUUAUGACAACAUUGCUGUUGAAGUAACUGGAAGAGAUCCUGUUAAACCCAUAUCCACUUUCCAAGAAGCUGCUUUGUAUGAAACAUUUAAGGCCAAUGUGGAGAAAGCAAAAUAUGUGAAACCAACUCCAGUGCAAAAAUAUUCCAUUCCAGCAAUUUUAGCUGGAAGAGAUUUGAUGGCCUGUGCCCAAACUGGUUCAGGAAAAACGGCAGCAUUUGUUUUGCCAGUCAUGACUGGUAUGAUCAAUAAUGGAUUGAGUGGUAGUGCAAUGAGUGAUAUGCAAGCACCACAAGCGCUGGUGAUUGCUCCUACUCGAGAACUGGCUAAUCAAAUAUACUACGAGGCUAGGAAAUUUGCACAUGGGACUAUGUUGAAAGCUUGUGUUUGCUAUGGUGGUGUUUCUGUUGGCCAUCAGCUGUCAAUGAUUGAACGAGGCUGUCACCUGCUUGUUGCAACACCUGGGAGACUUAUGGACUUCAUCAAUAGAAGAAAGAUUGCACUUGAUGGUCUGAAGUAUUUGAUUCUUGAUGAGGCAGACAGGAUGUUGGAUAUGGGCUUUGAACCGAAGAUUCGCGAGCUUGCUGAACACAGUGACUUCCCUUCCAAAACAGAACGUCAGACGCUUAUGUUCAGUGCCACAUUCCCAGAGGAAAUUCAAAGACUUGCUGGCGAAUUUUUAAAUGAUUAUCUUUUCCUUACGGUUGGUCGGGUAGGAAGCGCUACAUCGGACAUUGAACAAAAAAUUUGUCAAGUAUCUGAGUUCGAGAAACGAGAUAAGCUUGUUGAACUUCUUAAUAAUGCAGGAAGUGACAGAAUGUUGGUGUUUGUUGAAACAAAAAGAAUGGCAGAUUUUUUGGCAAGCUAUCUCUCUCAGACAGGAUUUCCUACAACAAGUAUUCAUGGUGACAGGCAACAAAGAGAGCGGGAAGAAGCUUUGGCAGACUUUAAGAAAGGGCGUACUCCAGUUAUGGUUGCAACGUCAGUAGCAGCACGGGGCUUAGAUAUCCCGGAUGUUAAGCACGUGAUCAAUUAUGAUCUUCCUAAGGAGAUUGAGGAAUAUGUGCAUAGGAUAGGACGAACUGGAAGAAUCGGAAACAAGGGGAAAGCAACAUCUUUUUUCCAAUCCGACAAAGAUGGAAACAUCGCGAGAUCCUUGGUAAAAGUGCUUGGAGAUGCUGAACAAGAAGUCCCAAAUUGGUUGGAAGAUCAAGCGGAGAACGCGGUCGGUACUAACUACGGGCCUGCAGGUGGUCGCUUUGGAGGGCGAGAUACGAGAAAAUUUGACAAGGUUGAUAACUUUGGUGGAGGCAAUAAUAAUGAGUUUGGCGGUAAUAGUGGUGGAGGAGACGAUGAUUGGGGUGUCAAUGACUCCGGUAACGCUGACGGCGGUGGGGAUGUUUGGAACACCAAUACUGGUGGCGAUGAGGCAUGGGAAUGAUAACUAUUGCAGAACUUCUAUCAUUUUUGGUUAUUUAAAGACAUUCAGUUUAGUUGGAAGUACGUCGAUAUCCGCAUUAUAAAAGUUUUGAUGUUAUGUUAGGUCUAGGUUAAACUAGGACAUUUUGGAAGUUUUAGUAAUGGUCGAGUGAUAAAUAAUAUAUAUAUAUACGCAUGAACACUUUAUCAGCAGUGCGUUUUGUUCAAAUGACAAGUAUAUUUUAUAUAAUAUCAUGUAAAUUAAAAAUAGUCUAAUCCUGUUAACUGCGUAGAAUCAAUUAUGUGCAGUUUAUAUGAGGUUUUACUAUAAUGAACUACAUUGACUUCAACAAGAGUUUAUUGUAAUGUGCAAAUGUACAAAGGGUUAAUGUGUGCGAAAAACGUUGCUUCAGAGUUUAUUUAGACAUAAAUGAUAAAUUGUACAGUUUGUUUUUAUUAAAGCAAUUCCGUUG